AUUCCCGUUACGGCAAUUACUUAGAGAGGAAGUCACAGGACAUACACUUCCAUCUCUAAUAGAGGCUCUUUCUAAUGUUGAUUAUGCUGGUUUGGAGAAUUACUCUUUAAAGCAGUUUAAUGAAAUAGAAAAUUAUGCCUCGUGA